CCCAAGAGCAAAUACAAAUAAUUGUAAAAUGUUACGUAGAUUUAGCCAUGAUCGACUGCAUAAACAAGUUAGUCCGAAUAUUAUCGUAUGCCAGUUGGUAUGUGAAACAACAAUACAAGUAAUUUAUUUUACGCGAAAUGGAUACCUUGUUAGGGAAUAAAUUAUCUCGACAAUUUGCACGUUGCGAAGUUAGCGGUUCGCUCGAGCUGCUGAUACAAACACUGCAUUCUUUGCAACGGAUCCAAAGGAUGAGAGCCCUGGCGACCUUUCUCAUCUGAACUCGCUUCAACCCGGGGCGAGAGAACUGCGCUGGCUUCAAUCAAGUAUGCGGCCGAUGGUCACGGCGGCAGUCGAGCCGCUUCAGAGAGUCAGCUUUCCCAUGGAGUUCUGAGCGCCGUUUCGGAAACAGCGAGGCUUUCUUUUUCUCGACUUUUUUCAAGCGCGCGUCCACGGGCGGACACGCACGCGCGCGCGUCGGAAUAAAAAGGAGCGCAUCUUUUUUUUUUUUAUACGUUCACCUCCCCGUGUAACUUUUUUUUUUUUUUUUAAACAAAACGAACAAGAAAAGACUUUGGGUCCAUGAGCGACUCGGGCAAGGCGACGUCAACAUGAGCAGUACUUUAGGAAAAGACAAAGACUCGAAAGAAAAGGACCCCAAGGGUCCCCUGGGAAAAGAAAGGGAAAAGGAGGGCAAGGCCCUGAGCGGCUUCAGCAAGGACGGCAAGGAGACCAAGACCAAAGGGAAAGAUGCCAAAGAAGGAAAGAAGGAGCCGGGAGGCGCCCCGCCCGCCGUGGCCUUCUCCGUGGACAACACGAUAAAGCGGCCCAACCCGGCGCCGGGCACCCGCAAGAAGUCCAGCAACGCGGAGGUGAUCAAAGAGCUCAACAAGUGCCGGGAGGAGAACUCCAUGCGCCUGGACCUCUCCAAGAGGUCCAUACACAUGCUCCCGACGUCCAUCAAGGAGCUGACGCAGCUGGCCGAACUCUACCUGUACAGCAACAAGCUGCAGAGCCUCCCGGCCGAGGUGGGCUGCCUGGCGGGCCUGGUGACGCUGGCCCUGAGCGAGAACUCGCUCACCAGCCUGCCCGACUCGCUGGACAACCUGAAGAAGCUGCGGAUGCUGGACCUCCGGCACAACAAGCUGCGGGAGAUCCCGGAGGUGGUGUACCGGGUGACGUCGCUCACCACCCUCUACCUGCGCUUCAACCGCAUCACCGCCGUGGAGAAGGACAUCAAGAACCUGUCCAAGCUCACCAUGCUGAGCAUCCGGGAGAACAAGAUCAAGCAGCUGCCCGCCGAGAUCGGGGAGUUAUGUAACCUUAUCACGCUGGACGUAGCUCACAAUCAGCUCGAACACCUUCCGAAAGAGAUCGGCAAUUGCACACAGAUCACUAACCUUGACUUACAGCACAACGAGCUUUUGGACCUUCCUGAAACUAUAGGUAAUUUGUCAAGCAUAAACCGCCUGGGCCUGCGGUACAACCGGCUCUCCGCAAUCCCCAGGUCAUUAGCGAAGUGCCGAGAACUGGAGGAGCUGAACCUUGAGAACAACAAUAUCUCAAUGCUACCAGAGGGCCUCCUGUCGAGUCUGGUGAACCUGACCAGUCUAACGCUGGCCCGGAACUGUUUCCAGUCCUACCCCGUGGGCGGCCCCUCCCAGUUCUCCACCAUCUACUCCCUCAACAUGGAGCACAACCGCAUCAACAAGAUCCCCUUCGGAAUCUUCUCCCGGGCCAAGGUGCUGAGCAAGCUAAACAUGAAGGACAACCAGCUAACGUCUCUCCCACUUGACUUUGGAACCUGGACCAGCAUGGUGGAGCUGAACUUGGCCACAAACCAGCUGACCAAGAUCGCUGAGGAUGUGUGCGGGCUUGUGUCUCUGGAGGUCCUGAUUCUGUCAAACAAUCUUCUAAAGAAACUGCCGCACGGCAUCGGUAACCUGCGGAAACUGCGGGAGCUGGACUUGGAGGAGAACAAGUUGGAAUCGCUCCCCAAUGAGAUCGCCUAUCUGAAAGAUUUACAGAAACUCGUCUUGACCAAUAACCAGCUGACCACCUUGCCCAGAGGCAUCGGUCACCUGACCAACCUGACCCACCUUGGUCUGGGGGAGAAUCUCCUGCAGCACCUCCCUGAGGAGAUUGGUACACUGGAGAACCUGGAGGAGCUGUAUCUGAACGAUAACCCCAACCUCCACAGCCUUCCCUUCGAGCUGGCCCUGUGCAGCAAGCUGUCCAUAAUGAGCAUCGAGAACUGUCCCCUCAGCCACCUGCCCCCCCAAAUCGUCGCCGGGGGCCCCUCCUUCAUCAUUCAGUUCCUGAAGAUGCAGGGGCCGUACCGGGCCAUGGUCUGAUCGCCCCGAUCCCACGUGUCAUACACUGUAAGAGAAAAAGAAAAAGAAAAAAACGGGGGAAAAAAAAGAAUUUUAAAAAAAGAUAAAAGAAAACUAUAAUUAAAUGCAUUAUUGUUGUUAUGAAUAUCUUAUCUGAGGAAAAAAAAGGCAAUUUUAUUAAGACUGCAUUACAUGUUUCUGCUAAUAGAGGAAUCAUAGCCAUUUAGUUCCCCACCAAUCAUGUGAAAAAGAGAAAUUACUUGUCUAGACUUCCUUUGCCAAAAUUGAUACACAUAUAUUGAAUAACCAUAACCAGAGCUUCAUGGCAGUCUUCUAAUAUAUAAACCCUAUUGCCAACACAGUUUCAGUAAUUAAAAAAACGGUUAUUAGAACAAGAAGUACAAUUGUAUGCAAAAAAAGUUAAAACCUUUAUUUUGCUGCUGCUGCUGCUGCCAUAACCCUUAUUAUUUGUUUUUUGUUUUUUUAUUUCUGAAUUUUUAUUCCUAUGUUUAUUUUAUUUUUUAUCACACCUGACUAAAGAUAACUGUGUGCUACUGUGCAGAUGACUCAGUUUGUGGAGAACAAAGGUCUGGUCUGAUGGUGUUACUUUGAAGUUGUACAAAGCAAAACUAGUGCCUGUCGUGGAAAGAGAACUGGUUAUUUCCUAAAUGCAACUAAUCUUGUUUAUUUUUCAUUUUAAUUAUUAUAAUUUUUUUAAAUUUUAUUUUUGUUUAAAAAGCAUUAGCUAUGUGGCCCAUAUUGGUUUACCGUAGGUCUUGUUUUUAUUUCUUUUAUUUGUAAUUUAACUUGCAUUUAAUUCACCUAGAGAGGGUUAAUACAACAAGCCGACGCUUAACCCGAUAGAUAAAUUAGCAGAACAUGGGGUUAGGGAAAAAACACGAUUUACAGGAUUUGCCACCUAAACAAUUUAGCCCUGCUAUUCACUUUUAAAUUGAAAUUAUAACAACCGAAAUGUCAAAGAAAGUAGAAAUCGGUUAGUUGCUUUGAUUAGUUUUCAUUCUCAAACUAAAGGCCUGUUCCAUCUAAGUCGAGAAUAGAGCAACGGAGCAUUCUGAAAUGACUUGCAUUAAAUCAUAUCUCUGACCGUUUGGUCCCUGAUGUGACAUACUAGGCUAAUUUGACUGGGAAUGUUUUUUUUUUAACUGUUUGUAAAAAAAUGGGUGAUGGGAUGUUAAUGAACUACAGUCAUUUUUGUAAAUAUACUGAUUGCCUCGCGUGCAGUUCAGUCUUAUCAAUGUUUACGUUUGCUAUAAUAUCUUCAGUGUUGGGCACUAUUACUGUCAUUAUUACGAAAAGACUUCAUUAAACAUAUCAGGCGCAGUGAAAGAACAUUAAAGUAAACGAAUCACGGUUUCUCCAUACUCAUGCUAAAUAUAUGCCAAAAAACAUUGUGCAAGAUUGGAGUGCUCUCAUAGAUAAAGAUCUUCAGAGUAAACGUUCAUUUUUGGCAUCACCGGAUUUCAAUGAUUACGUAUAUUGAGCCCCCCCCCCCCCACCCCAAACUGUCCCCGCCCACCCCAGUGCCACCCCCAAACACUGUCACACCAUGCUGCUGUUUUUAUGCACUUUUAAUAGUAUUGGCACCCUCCUUGAAGUUUCUUUUUACGACAUUUUCAUUUAAACGGUUGUGUACUUAAUAGGGGCAUUUUCUUUUCCAUAGCUUUCCUCUCCUUUUUUUUCUGAUCAAUUCCUCGUUUUUCAAGAGUAUUUUUGUUUGCCUCAUUUUGAUAACAAGAAACUAUAAGGUUUGGUUGCAGAAUCCAAACUGUUACAUUGAAACAAUGUCUUAUUAAAUCUAUGUAUAGGAUCUGUGUAGAUCAGGUUCUCUUGAAAUGUUGCAAACAAAAAUUCCCGUAUCAUUUCCUGCACAACAGGCACAAUGGUUUGUAGUGACAAAAGUAUUGCUUCUGAGAUCUGCAAUGUUUUAACUAAAGAGCCAAAUUUGAAUCAAGAUAUUUUUUUUCUUUUCUUCUAAUGACUACAUGAAAAUGUCUCAAUAGUAUUAUAUCAAGUGACUGUGCAUGAAGAUUUACAACUUUGGUUACAUCCUUUGUUUGGCUUUUAAGGCGUGGCACCGCUUAAAACCUGUUGUGUCAUAGCUUUUUUCAGUCGUGGUUUUAAAUGGGAUUUUAACGUAGUCUACGUUUGGCAGCAACUGAAGAUGGGUAUUUUUGGAGGGGCGGGGCAGACCCGCGUGCGGGGGAGGGGAGGGGGGGGGGGGUGGAUUGCGCCCGUGCGGUGACGGAUGUGUGCGGUCACGGUUGUGCGCGCGACAGAACUUUGUCCGUCACGGCCACGCGUGACGAGGCUUCUCCGCCUCCCUCGUCGAGAAUCGUACGGCUGCUCGAUUCUACCAGCAGAACUCGUUGCUGCUCGAUGAACUCUUGGAAAACAUAUGCUGUAACUCUUAAGACUCUUAAGGAGGCAGAUGCAUAAUCAGCUGUAGCCUGUGACACAUCCAUCGACUUGGCGCGGUUCAAGUUCGGCGGCUGUAAGAGAUCAAAUUAUUUUGGACCUGCGAAAAAGAAAAGGAAAAAGAAAAUUCAUACGUGAAUAAGGUGCAUAAUUGAGCCUAACCGUAGUUACAGUACAGACUUUAACAAUGUAAAAAGGGCUUUCUCUGUUUGUGCUUAACAAUACACCAGAGGCAGUGCAUUCCUGGUUUUGAAUAAAAGCUUCAAAGUGUACAUUCGAUCUCUGUAAUUAUUGUUACAUUGAACAGCUGACAGAAAGUUGAAACCAUGUGAAAAUGCCUUCAGCGAGUCCUUCUGAUGAAAUGUGCAUUAGGCAUACAGCAAAAAAAAAAACAAAACAAAAAAAAAUGAAUGCUGUAUUCCCUGUAAUUAUUUUAUUUUUACUUCUCAUCACCGUGCCAUUUGAAAGUAAUCGACAGUAGUUGGUAGCAGCUGACACCAAGACAAUGAUAAAGGAAACAAAUAUGUUUUUAAAAAAUUGAAAAAAGAAAGCAUUUAUCAAAAACCAGGAAUGUAGAUUCAAUGUGCUUUUAAAGAUUAGUCAAAUUUUCAGUCUGCUGGGGUGGUCAUUUUGACUCUUAUCUGAUUUUUUUUUCUUUUUUUUUCUUUUUUUAUGAUCUUGUGGUGUUUUGGUGCAUCCAAAUGAAUUGAGACUUAGGGUGUUUUAUUUUUCUAUCGUUUGUGUUUUAGAUCAUAGAAUGAUAGUGUAUGAAUCAAGGUCAUUUUUUUCUCCUUUUUUUAUAGAAAAUGUCUUGUACGUCUCUCUUGCCUUGCGAUGUUGUAUAGGAAAUGAGCAUGUUCCAUUUUUUAACCAUGAUUAUUGUUGGGGAUUUGGGGGAGGGGAGGGGGGGGGGGGCUGUACAAAAAAAAAGGUAAACGAUGUUGCUAUUGGUAUCUGCAAAAAUGUUAUUUUGAGUUUUGUACAUUUCAAAUAGUAUCAAAAGCAUUGUGCAGCAAUGCCUGAACCCUACCUGUUCUUUGACAAGCAGCCUUAAAAGGUGAAUGGUGUUGGUAUUCCUUCCUUAUGUUUCCCGCUGCUCGAAUGGCAUUCGGCCGCUUUGGUGAGCAUUCUGUUUAUCUCGGCUGCUUUUUGUCCGCGGAGUCGGUGCAUCGCGAAACUUAACCUAGCUACCGACAAAUAAUCACGUAGCUGUCCCCCCCCCCCCCCACAAACCCACAGACAGUCCUCUGCACCGUCGGAUAAGCAUUAUAAAAACGAACAUUUAUUUGACAGCCUUACGUUUACCGCACAGUUCUCUCAUAAACCUUUGCUUACCUUCGUUUUUUUUUUUUCUUUUUAUUUCCUUUCUCGGUUGUGAUUGUUUUCGAAGACGGAUGGAAACGAAAAAUCAUCUUGAUAAUCAGCCUCUGUUACAGAAGUGGAAGACCUGACCAAGACUGACACAGGCCUUCCUCAGUAUCCUAAUCUUGGCUUUGGCAUUAAGCUUACAUUAGGCCCUGGGUUGUUUUUUUUUGUUUGUUUGUUUGUUUGUUUUCUACCAGAAUAAAUGAAAACUCCUUGAUUUACAGGGGGGGGGGAAACAUGUUUUGCCUCAGUACUUUGUUGCUAUUGUCAGAUUUUAUUUGGAAUAAACGAUGAUUCACCUACCUCCCUGCGAGACUACAUUUGGUUGCGGUGACAUGGUGUAAUUUGAAGCUGUAAUGUAAACGUAUGCUUAAUUGUCACGCCAGGUAUGAGAUGUUUAAUUUUUAGAAUACUUUUAACUGCCAGUAUGACAAUUUAGCAGACUUUGUUCUUUACGCCCAAUGAUCAAUUUGGCAUACAUUUUAAUUAUAGGGGAGGGCUGGGUUAUGAUUACUUAAAUUAGAGUCAAAGUAUAUUCUGUUCCCCUUUGUAUGAAGUGUAUAUUGAAACUCAAACACUUGGCAACCCCAGGAUUUGCCUGUACUUGUAUUGCAAAAUAUGACAUUUGCAAAUAAAUUAUAUGGUCAUGUUUGGGAUGUUCCAUAUGUACAUAUAUCUUUUAACUGUAAUAAACCUAUAACCAUUUACAAAAUUUAAAGUUACGUGAGAUAUUGUAUUGUGUAGCAAUCUUUGCUUUUACCAAACAGUACUGCAAAAUGAAUGCUGUCUUUUUUUCACAUAUCAAAUUGUUGCCUCCUUGAAAAAGAAAUUGCUUUUCCUCUAUAUAUUUUGUCAUUUUGCUGUAAUAGUAAUUUUAUUUCAACUGUACAAACACAAGAGCAGCAUUCAGCCAAGAGGCUGGUUUACAAUGAGUAGUUUGCAAUGAUUUGCACAUGCAGAAAACAUUGAGGCACAAUUUAAAAUGUUUCUCGUUAGAAAGCGCUUGGGCCUCUUGUAAAGCCUGGACGUCCAAGUCCACAAAACAAAAAUGCUUUAUAUUGUUUUGCUUUUGCUCCUACCAUGGCUAAAAUUAGAUUCUGGCCUGUAGGUCUAAAAAUGGUAAACGGCCUGCAUCGAAAACAUACACCCCUCUCACGUCAAUUAUGUAUAUUGCCAUUAAAACCGAAAGUGAGUUUGACUUCCUUGUGUCUGUACAAAACACACUAGACAAUGAUUUCUAAGCUGUUUGUGCUUUGAGAAACGUUAGUCGAGACCCCCAAGCAUUUAAAAAAAAAUAAAAAAAAAAAAAAAUUCAAUUUGUUUUCCACUUUUUAACAUAGUGCUGUGCCUUUAACACUCAGACUCGGGCUGUUCCCUUAAAUGUCUCUUUUGUACUUAGAGUAAAGAGACCAUUUAGUGGUGAUGUCAUUAGCGUGUCAACUUUAAAAUCUUUGUUUCGAAUCUCUGAUGUUUGUACCCUUGUCAUGCCUGCACAAUGCUUUUUUUUUUUUUUUUUUUUUGGUUUUUUUAAAUUUUUUUUAUUUUAUUUUGGAGAUGAAUCCCAUGUUGAUAUAUGUGGAGAAAGCUCUGGAAAUGUAUAACUGUACUUUUAAUCCAAUUAAUUGUAAUGUUCAGUUUAUGUUACUUCAAUAUAAAAAAGACGAUUGCCUUGUCUUGAUUUUAUACGUGA